UCUUUUCAAAACAUGUCUGGGCAGAUAACAGUUUAGUUUCAGAGCAGGGCUAUAAUCUUGUUUUUUUUUAAUCGUUUUCUUAGUUUCAGAGCGCGGCAGUUAUAAUUUGUGCACAUGCAUAGUAAGUGCUUUGACUGCCACUAUUGUGGAUAAACUCUGGUGUGUUAUUGUAUCCGUGAUGGAGAACGCGGCUGCGUCCACGGCCACGGCCGGAGAGUCUUUCCUCUCCAGAAUAGCCCUGAACGACAACAAGGCUGGAAUGGAGGGUCUGGACCGGGACAAGAUCAACAAGAUCAUCAUGGAGACAUCCAAGGGAUCGAGGUUUUAUGAGAACGAGCUGAAGCGAGAGCAACAGGUGAACCAGCGUAUUGAUAAAAUGAUGCUGCAAAAAGCACAGAUUACAGAGCAACAGCUUAAAAAAGCACAAGUUCAGGUGGAGAGGAUGGCUUCUGAGCUGGAGAAGAGGCGUGAUCUAAGUCGUGUGAUCGUACAUGUGGACAUGGAUGCUUUCUAUGCUGCUGUGGAGAUGAGGGACGCCCCUGAGCUGAAAGAUAAGCCCAUGGCUGUAGGAUCCACAAGCAUGUUGUCAACAUCUAACUACCAUGCCAGGAAGUAUGGGGUUCGUGCCGCCAUGCCUGGCUUCAUUGCAAAGAAGCUCUGCCCCAGUUUAGUAAUCGUUCCGACCAACUUUGACAAAUACAAAUCUGUCAGUAAGGAGAUCCGGCAGAUUUUCGCAGAGUAUGACCCUUAUUUUCAGCCAAUGAGCCUGGAUGAAGCGUAUCUGGAUUUCACAGAUCACCUGGAACUGAGGCAGAGCUGGCCAGAGUCAUCACGUACAUAUCGCUAUGGCACCAGCAGCAGCUCUACAGGCACGACUUGCAAAGAAAAGGGCGAUCAGGUUCAGCUUUCCCAGGAUACAAAGGCAGAGGAUGAAGAUCUCUCUCCCCUUCUGUUUGAGGACAGCCCGAUCACUCUUCCUUGCUCACUGGAUGCUGGAGGUUCUUGUGCUGCUGAUGAGAAAUUUGAAAUAUUUGGGAUGUCCGUGGAGGAGGCUGUAAGAGAGAUGCGCUUCCGCAUUGAACAGAAGACCAUGCUGACUGCCAGUGCAGGCAUUGCUCCAAACAUGAUGCUUGCCAAAGUGUGCAGUGACAAGAACAAGCCCAAUGGCCAAUACAGGCUCCCGUCCACCCGCCAGGCCAUCAUGGACUUCAUCCAGAACCUACCAGUUCGCAAAGUUUUUGGCAUUGGGAAGGUGACUGAGAUGAUGUUAAACGCACUUGGCAUCACCAGCUGUUCUCACCUUGGCCAGCAGAUGCCGCUGCUGUCAUUGUUGUUCUCAGAAACAACCUGGCACCAUUUCCUGCGCGUGUCCCUGGGUUUAGGUUCGACGUACACACAGAGGAAUGAAGAAAGAAAAAGUAUGAGCACAGAAAGGACAUUUAAAGAACUGAGCAAAUUUGAGGAGCAGGUGUCUUUAUGCCAGGAGCUCUGUGAAGCCUUAGCAGAAGACAUGAAAAAAGAAGGUUUGAAGGGUAAAACCAUAACACUGAAGCUCAAGAACGUGAACUUUGAAGUGAAAACCCGGGCGGCGACGCUGCUUUGUGCUGUCACCACAGCGGAUGAUAUCUUUACUGUUGCUAAGGACCUGCUGAAAGCCGAAAUAGAAAACGAAAGCCCCCACCCACUCAGACUGAGGCUCAUGGGUGUUCGAAUCUCGGCCUUUGUCAGUUCAGAAGAUAAGAAGCCUCUGCAGAAGAGCAUCAUUAGCUUUCUUCAGCCUGACAGUUCAGACUCUUGUGGCUCCUCUCAAGUUCUGCAUCAGCAGCUUGGCAGAGACACUGUCCCCACUCAUUCAGACCAAAUCCGGGCCUUUGGUUGGCCUCCAAAAACACAGAAAUGCCAGAAUCAGGAAAAGGUUUCCCGGCUGAUGAGGCAGAGGGAGCUGGAGGGGGACCAGACCGGUGAUGAACACACACAGUCUUUUUUCCAAAGGGCUCACGCCAAAAGACUUCAACUCCAGGCAGUGGCUGAGAGAGACAAACAUGCGCAAAAUGCUACAGGAAUUACUUCUGAAGGUGUUCAUGCUCAGAAGAGCACUGCGUCACCACCGCGAGUACAGGAGUCCAAGAAAAGCCACACAGCCUCAGCUCUCACACAGAAGAGCUUCCCCUCAGAGGCCCUUGCAUCCACAUCAGGCUGUGGUGAUACCAGCUCAAAUCGCCUCACCUGCCCGGUGUGUUUCAGGCAGGUGGACACGACAGACUUAAAUGUCUUCAACAGACACAUAGACUGCUGUCUCAGUGAGGUCUCCCAACAGCCAAAGGAAAGCACACAUACAGACUCAGAAUUAGACUUUGAUGUAGAGAGCGAUCACCAAGGAUGUAAAGCAAGUGACGCAUGCACAACAAAGUUUGAGGACGAAGAGACGCCAAACAAUGCUGAAGUUUUAGGGCUGGAGCAGUUUGAGUCCAACACAACAGAUACUCAGCAGAACCGACUUGAAGCGAUUUUGAGACAGACUGUUUUGUUCACUGGAGGCAGCAGUGGAACAGUGACCUCGAAAGAGCCCAAGUCACAGAGUCAUGAAUGUGCCACCCUCAUCUGUCCAGUGUGUCAUGUGAUCCAGGACACCACUGAUCUCGUUGUCUUCAACCGCCACGUUGACCUCUGCCUGAACCAAGAAGUGCUGCAUGAGCUCAGAGAACACACGACAUCAACCAUAAAACUGCCAUCAGCUGCUGUUGCAAAGAGCGUGGUGAUAGACAAAGAGCAUCACCUGCCAAGACACACAAAUAGAGGAAAAACCAAAAGACGGGGCCCACCUUCCUCUCCUCCUUCUAAGAAGACCAAAGACUUUGUCCCACUAAAUACCAUUGACAAGUUCUUCAGGUGACACUCAUGCCUGCAAAAUGCUCUUCUGGCUUUGAGUACAGAAGAAAUGAAAGCACGUAUGUUGCUAGCACUUUAGGUACAUGCUUUAGUUUGGCUGUGAAAUGUUGCUCUUAAAUUUGUAUUUUCAUACAUAUUGCACACAGCCAAAUAAAUAAUAAUAAUGUUUUGUUUUUUUCCCCACAAAAUUGAUGUUAAUUUAAGAAAGCUGUAAUGAGUAUGUGUCAUAUUUGUAGUGUAAGCCAUAUAGUGAUAGGAAACAUAUGGAAAUAUUUAUAAUUCUGUUGUUAUACGUAUGUAAUUCUGUUGAUUUUACUUUUGUUAUUCACUCACGUCUAUAAAUGAGGAUAUUUAUUACCUGCUAGGCACCAAUUUUACAUUUUUAAAACUAAUUUGAUGAAGAAAUUUGGUAUUCUCAAGAGGAUGUCUACUGUAUUAUUUGUUUUUAUAAUCAAUGAUAAUGUGAAGUUAUUAAGGUAACAGACUCUGUCCUGUCAAUCAAAGUUGUAAUAAAUUACUAUCUCACUAAU